AGUCUUAGCUGAGCGGCUCGCUGCAACGAACGUGUUUUCCUGCCUGCAGUGAAACGAAAAAACGAAUUACCAAUUAAGUGACAAAUCGAAAUCAAGUGAACAUGCGUUUCAAACUGUUUGUGGUUUGUGCGCUGGCCUGCGGGUUUAUGGCCUUUGUCCUGGCUAACGAGAAUAUAUCGACGGAGGAGUUCGAGGAUCAAAUAAUCAAUGCAGUUCCGGAGCCGGUCAAGGUGACUAAGCCCAAAGCUCAGGCGGAAUUCGUUGAGGUUCCAAAGGCCACGCCCGCUCCCAAAAAAGCGGAAGCGGACAACCCGAAAACCAAACCACUGGCCCUGCAGAAGCCCACUCUGAUUCCCGUGGUGCAUGUCAGCAGUCGGGGAACAGAUGAUAUCCUCACCGUCGCGGGACUGAAGCCCGAGAAAAUGUUCGGAGCCCUCAUCAUGCCAAAUGACUAUUUGGGGGAGCUGUACGACGUGGACAACAGCGGCUACAAUUGGGAUCCCAAUAACAAUGUCGCCCCGCCGACCACAUACUCCACGGCAGCCGGAGGAUACACCAUAACCGCCGCCCGUCUUGCGGAGCUCAGGAGCAACUUUAUGUACUGGUACUUCGACAAGGACAUGUACGGAGGACGUGGCGACUACCAGUUCGACAUCCAUGCCUCCAUGACGCAGCUGCACAAGAAUCUGAACUUCCAGCUGCCCUUCUACGGCUUCCGAUUCAACUACACCAGGCUUUCCCUCAACGGCUACUUGGAGUUCUCGGAUCCGCCAGAGUACCUAACUUACCCCCUGGUCUUUCCGAUCAAGGACUGGCCCGCCAAACGCGAUCCCUCCUUCAUGGGCAUCUUCUUCAGCAAGUGCCGUGUAGGACGAAUUUAUCCAUCGGAUAUUGACCAGCGGACGCCCGGUGUUUACUUCCGAGUGGAACGUGAUCUGAUGGGACGUACGGACCGAUUCGGCGUGGAGGUGCGGGAACGCACCAUGUGGGACAUCCGUCAGGGAGUCGUGGGCGCCGAUACCUUCAUCCCCAAGCACGUGGUGAUCGCCACCUGGAAGAACGUCUCCUUCGCCGGUGGCAUCGACAACUCCCUCUACACGACAAACACCUUCCAAAUGGUCCUGGCCACUGACGAGGUCUACACCUAUAUUAUUUUCAACUAUGCCGUUCUGAACUGGCUUUCUCAUACUGAGGCCGGAGGUGAUACGACGAAGGGCGAGGGUGGUGUUCCUGCAUAUGUCGGAUUCAAUGCCGGUAAUGGAACCCAGGCGUACGAGUACAAUCCCUACAGUCAGAACAUGGUGAUUCGCGACCUGGCCAACAGAGGUUGGGCCAACGGAUUCCCGGGUCGCCACAUUUUCCGCGUGGACGAGCAGAUUCUAAUUGGCUCCUGCAACAAGGAUAUCGAUGCUGCUCUGCUACCUCUUACCUUUGCCCCCGAGUCUGGUAAUAUGCUGGGUGGUCAAGUCGUCAAUAUCACUGGACCCUGCUUUGAUCCGGCCAUCAGGGUGACGUGCCACUUCGAUACGGAGUCCGUGCUGGGAACCUAUGUGGAUCGGAACCGCGUAAUCUGUGUGCAGCCCUACCUGAAGGCCGAGGGCUAUAUCCGAUUCCAGAUCUCCGUGGGAACCCAGAGGUUCAAGUGGCGCGGAAAGUACUUCGUGGAGACCCCGGCUGCCGCCACCGAGAAGAUCUUCUUCACCACCGAUGAUGUGCACAAGAAGAACCCCGCCGAGAUCCGCAUCACCUGGAACCAGUACAAUUUGACCUCGAACGCCAAUGCCAACGUGAUGAUCUCGCUGUGGGGCUACCGGGAGACCAAGAUCGAGCCGCAACUGGAGUACAUCGAUGUGAUCGAGGCCUCCUACUCGAAUAGCGGCAGCUACGUUAUCACGCCCUCGAACUACAUCAACCGCAACAACAUCAACCGGGACAUGCAGUUCGGAUUCCUCCAGAUCAAUCUCACUCAGCCCGAUCAAUACUCAGGAUUGGCCAUCAGUCCGGUUCUCUGGUCCCGGCCGAUUCCUCUGGCCUGGUAUAUGGCGCCCCAGUGGGAGCGGCAGCAUGGAAAGCGAUGGGCGCGGGCUCUCUGCGAUAAUUGGAUUCGCGCCGACCGAUUCCUCAGGAACUUUGCGGCCGACCUGCCACUUUGCCCCUGCACCUUGGACCAGGCUGUCCUGGACAAAGGACGCUUCCGCCCUGACCGCGAGUGCGACAAGGACUCGAACCCUAGCUGCCUGCGUCAUCGCGGGGCCAUCCACUGCGUGGUCAGUGGAACGCCAGUUGCCCAAGGAGCUGAACAGCAGUGCUGCUACGAUCGUUAUGGCUUCCUGAUGCUGACCUACGACCAAAUGUGGGGCUCUCGUCCCCGUCGCGUCCACAACCUGGGCAAGAUGCCCUGGAACGAGGCCAGCAAGGUGCCCUCGCUGUCCAUGUGGUUCCACGACAUGCGCCCCUUCUACUCCUGCUGCUACUGGCAGGAGGAGCAGGCGGUGGGCUGCGAAACCUACCGCUUCGAGCGUCGUCCCUCGCAGGAUUGUGUGGCCUAUCAGGCGCCUGGAAUCGCAGGUGUUUUCGGCGAUCCCCACUUUGUGACCUUUGAUGGCACGGCUUACACAUUCAACGGACUGGGAGAAUUCGUCCUGGCACGCAGCGUGGAUGAGAGUAAUAAGUUUGAGGUCCAAGGACGAUUCGAGCAGCUGCCAGUUAAUUAUUAUGGCGAGGUGAAGGCCACCCAGUUGACAGCGGUGGCCAUGCGGGGAAACACCACCACGACGAUUGAGGUCCGUCUGCGCCCUCUGCACGCCAGAUGGCGCUAUCGCCUGGAUGUCCUGGCCGAUGGACGAAGGGUUUACUUCGAUCGUGAGAGUCUGAAGUUCCAGCACUUCGACGGUGUUACCGUGUAUACCCCGACUUACCUGCUCAAUCAGUCGCAGGUGGUGGUGCAAUUCGAUGCUGGUAUCGGAGUGGAGGUGGUAGAGAACGAAGGAUACAUGACCGGUCGCGUCUUCCUGCCAUGGAAGUUUAUAAACAAAACCGCGGGACUCUUUGGCAACUGGAGUUUUAAUAAACUAGACGACUUUAUGCUGCCCAAUGGACAAGUGGCCCAACUCAAUCUUAACGAUCUGCGCAGCAUUCAUACCAACUUUGGAAUCAAAUGGAUGCUCACGGAUCGCGAGGUUCCUGGAGUGGGAGCCGCUCUAUUUAAACGAGAAUUUGGACGAAUGUCUGGUUACUAUGCGAAUGCCACCUUCCAGCCGAAUUAUGUCCUAGAUCCUGCGGACUUCCUGCCAGCGAAUCGCUCUUACGAUCUUGAAAGAGCUGAAGAACUUUGUGGAGAGUGUAUGCAGUGCCAGUACGAUUACGCAAUGACUUUGAAUAGAGACUUGGCACACUUUACCAAAAAUUACUACGAUACUAUAGUCAAUAUGCAGGCGGAAAAUGCAGUGCGUGUGGUAUCCUGUGGAGUUCUGCAGACUCCUCGUUUUGGUCGAAAGCUGAGCUUUGACUUUAUGCCUGGUGCGAAAGUAUCCUUUGAGUGUAACGAGGGCUUUAUCCUGAUUGGAGAUCAACGUCGUGAGUGCUUGUCGAACGGUCUGUGGAACAUUCCGGAAUACGGAUAUACCGAAUGUCUACGUGAGGUGUACUACACGCGUCGCGUCGCUUUCAUAGCAAUUGGCAUUAUCUUCCUGGUGAUCUGCCCACUGAUGCUGUGCAUCGUGUGUGGAGUAUAUCGCUAUCGCCAGAAGCAGCUCAAGGAGGAUCCGCAGUGGCAGAUGCCCAUGCUGCCCCGUUCGAGGGCUAGUUCGGCUCGUAAUUUAAGGACACUUAACUACGACGACGACAGCGAUACGGAUGCCAGCACAUUGAAGAAAAGUAGGUCCUACGACAAAGUAUAUCGCACGAACGAACCAUUACCGGGCAAACCGCAAAUUGAUUUUCCAGCUAAGAAAUGGGAUCUGGAUGAGAACGACGAGGAUGUGACCUCAUCGGAAGGUGAGAAGCCGAAACAGCUGGGUCGCCGCUCCUUGCACUCCGCCUCCGGAACGGAGUUGGAUCAGCAUGGCUCCCCGGUGGACGGGGAUCAUCCAGACGAGGACGAUGACUUCGACGAGGCGGAUGUCCACACGGGCACCACUCAUCCAGUCGGAUACCACCAGCCCCUGUCGCCGGAGGAGGCGGAUCAGCUGCAUCGCCAGCAGUACAGCCCCACCUUCAGUGGCCUGGACAGUCGCACCAGUGGCGCCAGUUCCAUAAACUACACCCCACAGGCGGCGACGCAGAACCGCUUCGGAGGAGUGCCGGUGCUGCCUAGCAACACCCAGUACUACAGUAGACCCCCGUCGAGCGUGAACACCGUGCCGCUCCGUACUGCGCCCACGCCCCUGACGCAGGACACUGGUCUGCCUUCGCCUCCCCUGGCCACCUCGCCCACUCCCUCGGUGCAGAAGUCCACGGAGGUCUGAGGAUCGGCACUCAACCCGAUCCUUAAGCUGCAAAGUUCAAAUAAGAGCCACCCAAUAAUAACUAAUCUUAAGUACCUUUCAUUGCCGCCGACAUGAAAACGCCCACCUGACCAUCAGUUUUCUUUAACUUUACUUAUUGUUACACCGCUGUUUUCUACCCACGGCCAUGACCACAUCCAAUAACACACACCCAAUAAGCAUUUAUUAAUAGUCCGAAUCCGUGAACCGAAUCCUUGUACAUUAAGCAUAAUCAGAACGGCAAAUUCAUUACGUAUUACUUUGGCCCAGGUAAACAAUCAUCAUUUUAUAUUGAAUAAAACCAAAAACACUUGUUUAU